AUGAAUGCCUCAUCUGCACAUCGCAUGACUUACGAGUACGGUAACGAUAGACCUGGAGCGUUCUCCACAGUCAAUUCACCUACGGGGCAAGUAUUUGACCUGGUAGGAUUUCUACCAAUCUCGCUCAGUGGCAACCGCGUCUCAGAAGACCGAGUAAAAGCUGUAGAUGUGCUAUCGACCACAGACCCAGCAAUGACUUACGAAUUCUGUUCAACGUUCUGCGUAGGAUAUACAUAUUGGGCUGUCGGAGAUGGUGAGAUUGAGAUGCGAGUGCUAGAAAUUAUUCUGACAAAUCUAGGCGAUGAUUGUUCGUGUUUUAACAACCCGCCCACAGGAGCUCCAAUCAUCAGCCCAUCUACUUCAAUUCCUUGCCCGGGAAACAAAGACGAAUCUUGUGGCUCGGGAAGACUUGCAAUUGUCUACAAAUUAGAUCCAUCUUCUCCUCCAGCCACAAUCACACCCUCUGCACUCCCGACUCCGUCACCUAGCACUAAAUCUCCAACUUCGACAGUGCCAUCUAGCAGUCCAGCAAGCUCGGUCGUUGGGGGUGGCGUAUCAACAAAUGCACCAUCCGUUUCAAUCCCGAUAGUCUCCUCAAGUGUUCCUACACCAUCAGACACAGAUUUGACAACAAAGCCAGCCUCCUCAACAAACACUGAUGCACAGAGCGACGAAACCCCCCAGUGGACACUAACACGCCAAUUGAUACAAGUUCUCCGACUGAUGGGAUCCCUUCAAACAAGUCCGCCGACAUAUGCCAUUCCGCCCACAAGCACUGGUUCGCCAAUUGAUACAGGAUUGCCAACAGAUAUCAUUCCACCUACGGAUACUGGUCUGGCGACGGAUACUAGCCUGGCAACGGAUACUGGUGUGCCAACAGUGGUCCCACCAACAGACACUGGCUCACCAAGUGUUGUGAUUGCUUCGAGUGAUACUGGCCUGCCAACAGUGGUCCCACCAACAGACACUGGCUCACCAAGUGUUGUGAUUGCUUCGAGUGAUACUGGCCUGCCAUCUGUCGUCGUACCUUCUAUCGUGGCCUCACCCGCUAGCUCUCAACCUCCGGUUAUUGCUAGUUCUGCAGGGGCCGAUUCUUCGCCAACAUCACCUAAUUUACCGUUCAGCUCGGGAGCUUACGCCCCCAUCUCGACCCCAGGCAGCUGUCCAGGUGAUGAUGGCAAGUCAUCCCAGGAUAUCCUAGGCGUCACAUACAAUAUCAAUUGUGAUCGCACCCUGAACGGCAACAAGAUUCCUGCAUUACAUGCGGAUGAUCUUGAUGCCUGUUUCCAAGGCUGUGAUAUGUUCGACGCUUGUAAGGCAGUCAGUUUCGAUAAAAGUGGUGCCAACGUAACCUCUGCUGCGAAUUGUGUACCCUACUCAACCCUUACUGGCUACAGCUCCACAGAGCUGCAGGACAACAUCCACGUCGGUUUCAUACAAGGCGACGCAUACAGCGGAGGCGAAUUUCAGCAAAACGUAUGCACUGAUCCAGAUUAUGGAGACGAUACCGAUGUCACUGAUUCCUAUGGCAACACGUACCAUAUCCGGUGCGGCUACAUUCUUACUGGCACGACCAAUCUUGUACCGAUGGCAGCUGACUCCCUUUUCGGCUGCUUCAGCUACUGCAGCUUGUACCUCGGAUGCGUAGGAGUAGUCUACACUGGAGACGGACCCCCUGCAGGUCCUAGCGAUACGAAUUGUCAGCCUGUCUCUGCAUAUACGUCGUCAAAUUCUGUCACUGGGCAAAGUUCUGUGGCAUACUUCGUGCCACCCCAACCGUCGUAG